CGGUGAUAAACAAACACACGCAGCAGACUCACUGGGAUCGUGUCGGGCUCUGUUGCGACUCUUUGGCAGCUCCAGCUGACUUCCAGGAAAGCUGACCCUCUCCACGGACCGAGCUUUUACACCCUAACCCGGGUUAUUAAUCCAGGACUUUAUCUGAAAACCCCGGGACUAGUGUCGGCUCGUGCCUCCCUCCCUCCUUCCCCCGGAGUCGGCUUAUGUGACACAUUAACGUCCCGGCAGCGACACGAGCGAGACAUGACGGAGCUGAGGAAGCGAGGCGGAGGCGGAGGAGACCCUGACAGCACCGAGAAUAUCAGCGACAAGGAGGCGGAUGGCGAUGACAGGCUGGGCUUGCCAGUCGACGCAGAGGGAGAGGGUGACGGUGACUCCAAAGCAGACACUCCAGAUGUUCCUCCCUCCACAGCAGACACAGACAACACUCCACAAUGUUUGAACAAAGCUCUGGAGGGCCUGCCGCCCAGAUGGAAGAACUACUGGAUACGAGGAGUUCUGUCUUUAGCCAUGAUUUCGGGCUUCUUCCUCAUCAUCUAUAUGGGACCUGUCACUCUUAUAUUAGUGGUGAUGACUGUCCAAAUCAAGUGUUUCCAGGAAAUCAUCACCAUCGGCUACAGAGUUUACAAAUCCUAUGAGCUGCCUUGGUUCAGGACACUAAGCUGGUACUUCCUGAUUUGCGUCAACUACUUCUUCUAUGGUGAAACUGUUGCGGAUUACUUCGGGGCUCUGGUGCAGCGGGAGGAACCUCUGCAGUUCCUGGCUCGCUAUCACCGCUUCAUCUCCUUUGCUUUGUACCUCGCAGGUUUCUGCAUGUUUGUGCUGAGUUUAGUGAAGAAACAUUACCGCCUGCAGUUUUAUAUGUUUGCUUGGACCCAUGUGACCCUGUUGAUUGUGGUAACUCAGUCCCACCUUGUCAUUCAGAACCUGUUUGAAGGAAUGAUCUGGUUCAUUGUCCCGAUCUCCAUUGUGAUCUGCAAUGACAUCAUGGCCUAUCUCUUUGGAUUCUUCUUUGGGAGGACUCCGCUCAUCAAGCUCUCGCCCAAGAAGACCUGGGAGGGCUUCAUCGGAGGGUUCUUCUCCACAGUGGUCUUUGGCUUCAUCCUGGCCUACCUACUGUCUCGGUUCCAGUAUUUCGUGUGUCCCGUGGGCUUCAACAGUGAGACCAAUGGGUUUACAGUUGAAUGUGAGCCCUCUGAUAUCUUUGUGAUGCAGGAGUACACUCUGCCAGCUGUGCUACAAAACACACUGGGAUGGAAAACGGUGAACUUGUACCCCUUCCAGAUCCACAGCAUCUUCCUCUCAUCCUUCGCCUCUCUCAUCGGGCCUUUCGGCGGCUUCUUUGCCAGCGGCUUCAAGCGAGCCUUCAAAAUCAAAGACUUUGCCAACACCAUCCCCGGCCACGGUGGCAUCAUGGAUCGAUUCGACUGUCAGUACCUGAUGGCCACCUUCACACAUGUCUACAUAGCCAGCUUCAUCAGGGGACCGAACCCGAGCAAGGUGCUGCAGCAGCUGCUGAUGCUUCAGCCUGAACAGCAGCUCAGCAUUUUCCACACUCUGCACUCCCACCUGAGAGAGAGGGGCAUGCUCCCCCCAGCUGCUGCCGCCCAGGCUUGAUGAAAGACCGGCUGGCUUCACGGGGCGACGGCUGGAGAGUGUGUGUGAUGGUUUGGAAAGUUUGUGUAAGCAUGUACACACACUCACACACCUACACAGACACACACACUCUUAGGUAUGGCUGUAUGGUGUGUGAUUCCAGGCCUCUCUCAGAGCGUCCGUCAUCAUCAUCCUGCCGACUCUUCAUUCAACUUCCAACCAGCUCAAAAUCACGACUUUGAACCUGAGGUGACUCUCCAGACUACGUGGAAUAACCUCGUAGGAUAAAAAACAACACAACAACAAAAAAAUUGCUUUCCACUUGGACCGGCACAUAAACUAUGACACGCUUCACAAGCGAACAGGCAGUCCCCAUCCUAGAAACUCACAGACUGAAGAUAAAAUGUCUUAUCGAACAAAACUGACUCUGAAGCACACGGCUCUCUCAGCGCAGGUGGAUGGUGGAUGUGCAGUUUCCCCGUGGACAGCAAACAUUGCACUGACUAGCAGAACAAACGGAUUUAAGGAGCUUCUACCAGCAUAAACUGGGCCCAAAGUGUCGGGCACGUGGACCUGAGCUACAGCAAACAGACUGAGACUUGUCUUUCUGGGUUUGGGUGUGGGCGAAGCGAUGAUGCAGCAGGGUUGUCAGAAUACUGUAGACACUGUUUUAUAUACUAUGCUCUAUUUAAUGGUCCUAACCUCACAGCGUAACAAAACAUGUAGCAUGUACGCAAGUCCUGUCUCGGGCUUUUGCUAAACUAAGCCAUGUUUAUUCUCUUCUUCCACAGCGUGAACUUUUAGCUUUUAGGUUUCUGUCUGAAUCUAAAUAACUCGCACAAUAAGAGUCAAUACAGUUUGACCGUAGGCAUGUUAACGCAGAAACUAGAGCAUCAGCACUCAAGUUAAUGUAUUGUACAUAAAUAUACUGAAGAUAUUUAGCUGAACAAAUACCUAAUACGUACUAUAACUACUUGUGUGACCUGCUGGGGAAAAAGAAAAACACUUUUAAGCUAUGAGAAAUGAUAUGCAAAAAUAGAGAUGUAACUCAUUUGUAGCCUUUAGCAUGAACAAAUUAGAUUUUUAUGAGGUAGGGGUGUAGGUUUGAUCUGAGGUUGCUGCUUAUUUAAAAGGUGUGCUGGGUGAACCUUUAUCAGAGAUUGGAAAAAGAAUUUUAAAGGAACAGUUUGACGUUUGGAAAAUACGCUUUUUCUUGCCCGAGCUGCGAGGUGAAUAGCAUGAAGACUGGAAGCAGGGGGCAACCAAAAUCUAAAAUCUGCCUACCAACACCUGAAAGCUCACUAAUCAACCGUUCUACAAAGCAGCUAAUGGUUAUAAUCCCAACUUUAGUUUUCUAACCUCAUGCCCCUGAGUCCUGGUGGGAUCAGAGAGUACAAUUGCGUCACUAUGGGAAUUCAGAAA